UUCUGUGGAAAGUAUCUCAGGCACACUACCCACUUUUGCCAGCCUUACGAUUUACGAUCUUAGCAACAAUUGAAAUUGUCAUCGAUUAGAGCUUUUUACGUUCGUGACUUGGGAAUAUUUUAUAUUUUAGUAGGACAAACACUUUGCCAAGAAAAUCAUUUUUUUGUUUUUGAAAUCCCACGAAGACCUAAGCGGGAAUCGUGGGAAUCGUGAAGAGGAUCAGUGGCUGAACGGCAACUGGAACUGGAAUCAUAAGUUACCGACACCAUCAUGUCCAGAUUUUUGUUUGCGGCCACGGAGCGGAUCCAGAAGGGAUUACGUGCUGGCAAGAUGCUAAUUCACAACACAGUUAGGCAGCAGAUGGCGGCCAAAAAACCGACACCGCCAUCACCCAAGAAACCACCCACAGCUCCGCCGCCCAAGUCUUCCAAUCCGCCCAAGUGUCCUGGUGGCGAUCAGAAGCCGAGAAAACCCGGUUACUUUCCAAGUGGCGGCCAACAUGCCGUUUUCAACGACUGUCCUGUGCCGGAGGGUGAUUUCAUGAAGGCCUGGAAGACGAAGAACAGUCGCUAUAACCUGAUACUGUUCAGUGGGAUCAUAGCGGCGGUUGGGACAUGGGGCUUAGCUCUGUCCUCAGGCAUAUUGGGAUUAUAUUGGACCUUGCCCGAGUACCCCUACACCGAGGAUGAGAAGGAGGAGUUCGAGUACGAGGAGCAGCGCCGACGGGAGGAGAAGGAGGAGCGCGAGCAGCGCCAUCAGGACGCCGUCGAGGCCAGGGAGCUGAGCAUACGGCGUCGAAAGGCCAAGGAGGCCAUGGAGCGGGAGGUGGACCUGAUGCAGCGCGACAUGGAGGGCGGCAUUUCCGACCGGGAACUGGACGAGCUGCAGCGCUUGGCCGCCGAGCGUGAAGCCUUCGAGAUCUGGGAGAAGGACGAGGUGAAGCGGCUCCAGGAGCUGGAGAAGGAGCGCGAAAAGAUUCGCAAGGAGAAGGCCAAGGCCCGGGCGGAGCGCGAAAAGGAGGUGGCCAAGAAGCGCAAGGAGCAGGAGGACAAGUGGGAGAAGGAGGAGGCCGAGCGCGAGAAGGCUCGCGAAAAGGCGCGCAAGGAGCGCGAGAAGGCCGAGAAGGAGAAGCAAAAGGAGAAGGAGCAAAAGGAAAAGGAGCUGGAGAAGGCUAGAAAGGCUGCAGGGAACUAACCCACAUCCCAUUCUCCAUCUAUUAUUUUUUUUCAUUUAAACAUUAAUUUGUCAGCAGCAACACCCGAAGCCACCCACCAUUAUCCUUAUUUUCCAAAAAAAAAAUCAAAAACAACAAAAAGGGAAAGGAUCAAAAAUGAUAACCCCAUAAUAGUUGUAAUUAAACACACUUUUCAUAUGUUUGGAUCAACCUGUUUAAUAAAUUCCCAGAAUUUGUUGCUGUUGA